ACUGUGUCAAGAAUCACUUGACUAGAAGAAGGUGCUUCUUUGUUUUCUCUCUUUAGUGAUGAACUUCAUAGUCGUAUAUUCAGAUAGAUGUACUCAAGAUGAUGUUCCAAGUGAUGAGAACCUCUCUGAAGAAGAUGAGUCCAAGUUGCCAUUGCAGUUAGCUAUUGUGGGUAGGCCUAACGUUGGGAAAUCAACAUUGCUAAAUGCAUUGUUGGAAGAAGAGCGUGUGUUGGUGGGUCCAGAAGCUGGUCUCACUAGAGAUGCUGUGAGAGUUCAAUACGAGUUUCAGGGCAGGACUGUCUAUAUGGUUGACACUGCUGGUUGGUUAGAGAGAACAGAGCGAGACAAAGGACCAGCGUCUUUAAAUAUCAUGCAGUCAAGAAAGAGUCUGAUGCGUGCACAUAUUGUCGCUUUAGUUCUCGAUGCUGAAGAGAUCAUAAAAUCUCAACGCAGUAUGGCACAUUCAGAAGUAGUUAUAGCUAAACGGGCUGUAGAAGAAGGACGUGGUUUAGUCAUUAUCGUUAACAAAAUGGAUUGUCUAGGAGGGAAACAAAACUCUGAGAUGUACAAGAAAAUCAAAGAAGCUGUUCCCAUUGAAGUUCAGGCAGUUAUUCCACAGAUUACAGGAAUACCUGUUGUGUUCACCUCUGCAUUAGAGGGAAGAGAACGUUUACAAGUAAUGAACGAAGUCAAUGGCAAAUACACGAGAUGGUGCUCUAGACUUUCACUGGUCGCCUCAACCGCUGGUUAAUUAAGGAUGAUGGAAUCACAGAGAUAUUAUAUCAAUCAUUAAUAUCCUGUUAAAUUAUUGUAACUUACAUAUCCCAUAGAAAUUCAUAGUCUAUUAACAUUAAAAAUGAAAAACUCGAGUUUGAACUAAUAUGUGAAAUCAUAUUUACCUUCCCCAAUAAUAAGGUUGGGUACUUUAUCCGAUAUCCAAAACCGCAUUCGAAUUCGAUCCAAAAACUCGAACCGGAAUCCAAAUUGAAGUAAUAAAAUACCCGAAUGGAUAUUGAGUUAGGAUAGAUUAGAUACCCAAAUCCAAACGGAUAAUAUCCGAACCCGAAUGGAUAUCCAAAAAUUAUCAAAGAUAUGUAUACUUAACCUUAUAUUUUUAGUUUAUUUCUUUUAUUUUAUUCAAAAUAAUUAUAUUAAUGCUACAUAUAAGAUUAUAUCAGAUAAUAUAUACAAUUAUGGAUUGUUAUUCACUUAAAAAACAUGUCAAGCUUUGUUUUGUGCAUUAACAAAAAUUGUAUCCAAAAUUUCAAUUAUAAUAACCAAAUUAGUGUCUUUUUAAAAGAAAAUUAUCUUCAAAAUUAUUAAUCAUUUAUUCUAUUAAACUUUUAAAAAACCCCAGUUUAGUUAAAGGUAUAUUUUUAAAUACUAAAAACCUUGAGCAAUGAAUAUUUUCUUUUAAAAAAUCUAAAUAUCCAAACCCGAUCGAAAAUAACAGAAUCCGAACUAAAAAACCCAAACCAGAUUCGAAGAAUAAAAAUAACCAAACGGAUUUUAUAUUUCUAUGCCGAAAUACUCAAAAAUUCAAAAUAUCUGAUCCGAACCCGAACGGAUAGCCAAACAUCCACCCUUACCCAAUCCCAUUAGAUGAAUAUAUAAAAAUAUACAACAAAGAAAAAUUAACUAAUCUUAAAUACUCAAAGUGUUAAAGACAACAAAUUAACAAACACACGUAUUUUCAGCUUAAGAAAACAAACUUAAAUUAAAAGAAAAUAAAGUACAAAAAAUUUUAAAAUAAAUUUUAUCACUUCAAUGUAACUAAGAACAAUUUUCAGUUACUUAAUAAUCAAUUUAACUAAUAAAAUUCAAAAACUAAACAUUAUUCAUAUUAGUUUAUCAGUGAACUAUUUAUAAAUUAUAAAAAUUAAAACAUUUUUGAUAAAGAAAACGUAACAGAGGAAAUAAAACCGUCUUCCUCUCCCCAACAGUCCAUUUCAUGUUCUGUAGCCUUCAUACUAGAGUUUUAGGCGAAUGAACAAAUAAAUAAUUACAAGAUGAUAAUCCAUGCUUUGUGCAGAAUAAUAUUUUUUUUUUGAAUAUUUUGUAUUUAAAUAUUAUAAAUAAUUCAUAUUUUGUUAUCAAUCACUUUUUUUACAAUUGAUUAGGGAUAGCAUUCGGGUAUCAUUUGGUUCGGUUAGGUACUGUUCGGAUCUUUGCGGGUUUAGUUCAAAUUUUUGCAUGUUCAGUUUAGGUUUAGGUUAGAAUAACUCAUUUAUUUUUAUUUUUAAAGUAAAUUUUAUAUAUACUUUAAAUUUCUAAAAAUCUAAAAAUAAAAAUAAUGUAUGUUAAAAUAUUUAGACUUGACAUAAAUAUUAGUUUAGCUUAAAUAUACGUAUAGAAAAUCAAGUGAUAUUUUCAGUAUUUUUGGUAUUUUGAGUAACGUUUAUCUAUUUUAAACAUAUAGUUUGAACUAUUUUUUAUAUUUUUAAGUAUUUUAGACAAUUUAAAAACAUCUUAUGUAUUUUGUAUAUUCUUUUAGAUAUUAAAAUUGAAAAUAAUUUAAUAUAUUUAAGUAUAUAAAUUUGGUUCAAAUAAACCCAGAUACCUGAAAUAUUUCUGUUCAGAUCGGGUUUAGAUACCAGAAUUUUCGGAUUGAAUUUGGUUAGGUUAUUUGGAUUCGGAAUUUUACGCAACCUUAUACUUUUUAUAGUAACAUAAUUUUAAAUGAAACUGAUGAUGGUUCAUAUUUAUUUUGAGUAUGCAAUAAUUUUUAAACCAAAACACUUUCUACUCUGUAUGUGGUCUAAUUCGUUAAUCAUUAUUGUUCAAGACCCAUUAAAAAACUAUGAGCUGAACUAAAAAAUGUUACCAAUAAUCAUAAAUUUUUAAAUGUGAGACUUUUAACUAUUUUUAAUAAUUUAUAGUUGUUUUAAAAAAUUUGAAAUAUAACAUAUAAGAAAAAAUAUAAUUUUUAUUUAUAUAUUUAAUGUAAUAUCUAAAAAAUUUAUUAUAUAUUUAAUAUAUAUAAUUAUAUAAAAUUAAACAAAAUAAA